GGCUGCGUGUUGCCCCGGGCAGCCCCGGCCCCCGGAGGCGCAGGGGCGGGCUCGGUGCGGGGGCGAUGCCCCGGGCGCGCUCCGCUGGUGCAGCUCAGCCGCGCUGACGCGUCUCCUCCUCACCAUGGACAGCUUCGACUUCGCCCUGCUCCAGGAAUGGGACCUGGACUCCCUCUGUGUCUAUGAACCAGACAGAAAUGUUCUGCGGAGGAAAGAAUGGGAGAGGAGAAAUCAGGAGGCACAGCAGGAAGAUGGUUCAUUUAAUACCAGUUACUCCCUCUUCAGUGAACCGUACAAGACUAACAAGGGGGAUGAGCUCUCAAAUCGUAUCCAGAAUACAUUAGGUAACUAUGAUGAAAUGAAGGACUUAUUGACAGAUCGAUCCAACCAGAGUCAUCUUGUUGGAGUUCCAAAACCUGGGAUUCCACAGGCACCUGUGAACAAAACUGAUGAACAUUUCAUUGCAGAUUCAAGACCACAGCCUCAGCCUUCCAUCUGCAGCACUUCAUCAUCCAUACCAGCAGCUCUAUCUGGUCAGCAAAGCAAGAGCCCCACAAUGGGUUGGCAGAAAGCUGGGCAAAAUGCUUCUGAUGGCCAGCAGAGGGCAAGCAAGCAUGGGCACAGAUUGCUUGAGUCACACAAUAGUGACUUCAAAAUGGCUAACCAAAAAACUGGUCUGGAAAAGCUUAAACACUUUGCAUCGAGUCCCACAUCGUCAUCUGUCAGUGCAGCACAACAAGGUACUUUAAGAUCCGUGCUUGGAGACAGUGUCAGCAAAGCACAACAGCAGUCAAAACUAAAUUGCAGUGUAGAAGUAGGCUCUCAGGCUCAAGAAAGGCCAGCAAAACACAGCAGUGGGCACUGUGUUCAGAACUUCCCUCCUUCACUUGCUUCAAAGGCUAAUAUAGUUCAACAGAAACCAACGGCUUAUGUAAGACCAAUGGAUGGUCAAGAUCAGGCUCCUGAUGAUUCUCCAAAGCUAAAGUUAUCAGCAGAAGCAAACAAGCACUGUACAUCAUAUAGGGGAGUACCUUCUAAUAAGCCUGACCCAGCUAUGGCCAAGACCAAGAUGGCAAUAUUUUGCACUCCCAAGCAAGAAGAGGAGAGUGGAACAGGAGAUAACAGCUGUAUUGAAGAAAUUUUGCGGGAGAUGACCCAUUCCUGGCCUCCACCACUCUCAGCUAUUCACACACCUGGAAAAGUGGAACAGAGCAAGUUUCCAUUUCCAAACAAGGAGUCGCAGCAGGUGUCUACAGGACACAGCAAUCCAAGUAAGCAAUGUUUCGGUGAAACCCUCCCUGCAAGCCUAGAAGGCCUAGAAACAUCUGAUGCAGGGAAAGGUGAUGCUGAACCAAAGAAUCCAGAAAACAGUGCAUCACAUACAUCAAUGCUAGAAGAUGACCUCAAGUUAAGUAGUGAUGAAGAAGAGAAUGACCAGCAGGCAGCACAGAGAUCUGCUCUCCGCAUUCUGUCUGACAGCACUGUCGUGCCGCAGCCCAGUAGCAGAACCUCAGGAGUCUCCAGCAAGAGGUCAAGUAGCAGCAGCUCCAGUGAAUCCGAGAGCAGUUCAGAAUCUGACUCAGAGAGUGAAAGCAGUUCGAGUGAGAGUGACGGCAGCAAGCCCUCUCAUUACUCCAGCCCAGAGCCUGAGCAGCCAUCAUCAAACAAAUGGCAGUUGGAUAAAUGGCUAAAUAAAGUUAAUCCUCACAAAACAUCUAUUCUUAACCAAAAUGAUAACCAUGGACUGGAGAGCAAUCAGUAUUACAGCAGAAUAAAGGAGGAAGGACAAGAGUGUGAGAAAAUACCAGCUAUUUGCCAAACUGACCUGAGAGACAAGGAAAUUAAGAACCCCAGCAAAGAGGAGUUGAGGCCUAGAACUGCUAAUAAAGCACCAGGAAAUAAAGGAGGGAAGCAGAAAUCACCUCCUACGGCUGCUGCUGUUUCUGGAGACAGCGGCCCUCAGAGAAGGACGACUUGUAAAAAACAGCCAAGAAGAACAGAGAGGACCUCUGGUGGGGAUGCCUUGAACUGCCAUACAUCUGAGGAUCUCGCUUUGAGCCAAGUAUUUUUGGAAAAUAACAUCUGUGAACAACCUAAAGCCAGACCCUGCAACAACAGAACUGGGCACAGAAAAGAGCCCCGUUCUGUCGCUGCAUGUGAAAAGAGACGUACCAGAGGGCCAAGCAAAACUGCACCCAAAUCCAAGGAAUUUAUCGAGACAGAGUCUUCGUCUUCAUCAUCUUCCUCAGAUUCAGAUUCAGAAUCCGAACAAGAGGAAUAUCAUCUGCCCAAACCUCAAACUGUGGCCUCUGCUUCAGGUGGAAGUGACCAGAGGUUGAAGGACUCCUUGAGCGGUAACACCAACAAAACUAACAGCAGCUGCAAUGCCUUUGGCUCCAUUAAUGCCAGGACUAGUAAUGAUAUAGCAAAGGAGCUGGAGGAACAGUUUUAUACUCUAGUUCCUUUUGGCAGGAAUGAGCUCCUGUCUCCUCUGAAAGACAAUGAUGAGGUAAAAUCACUGUGGGUCAAAAUUGAUUUGACUCUUUUGUCCAGAAUUCCAGAGCAUUUACCUGAGGAGCCACUGGCAAUGAGCACUGGAGCAAAAGAAGAAGCCAGCCUUCAGCAGAAUAAUUGUACUUACCCACCAUCAGAAAAGGUUGUGCCAAAAUCUAGAAGGAAACGCAAGUGUGAAAAUGAAGAAGAGGACAGGGAGAUCAAGAAGACUCAUUUAGAGCGAGAGUGUUCUUCACGAUUAAUUGCCUCUGCCCUAGGUAUUUCAACAGCAAAUCAUUGCAACAGGAAUGAACAUAGCUUGGCGAUACCAAUAAAUAAAAAUGAGAAAAUGCUUCGGUCUCCCAUCUCACCCCUCUCUGAUGCAUCAAAACACAAAUACUCCAAUGAUGAUUUAACUUCUUCCAGUAGACCUAAUGGCAGCAGCCUAUUACCUUCCAUGUCCUCCAGCAAAAAACAUAAGAGUGAAAUCCAGCCACAGCCACAUCCUGCAGACUGCAAUAAAGCAGUUCACAUCAAUUCAGAAAGUGUUCUCUGCAACAAGCCACACUCCCAAACAGAGCCUUGGCCAUCUUUAUCCAGGGCACAUAAAGACUGCAGAACAAAGCUCAUCUUUGAUGAUAUACCACGCAAUGCAGAUCACUUUAUGCAAGAAGCUAAACGGAAGAAGCAUAAAGCAGAUGCAAUGGUGGAGAAAUUUGGAAAGGCACUGAAUUACGCUGAAGCAGCAUUAUCGUUUAUUGAAUGUGGAAAUGCUAUGGAACAAGGCCCCAUGGAAUCUAAAUCCCCUUAUACAAUGUAUUCAGAAACAGUUGAACUUAUCAGGUAUGCUGUGAGACUAAAAACCCACGCAGGCCCUAAUGCCACUCCAGAGGACAAACAGCUAGCAGCAUUAUGUUAUCGCUGUUUGGCACUUCUGUACUGGAGAAUGUUCCGACUCAAAAGAGACCACGCUGUAAAGUAUUCAAAAGCACUUAUUGAUUAUUUCAAGAAUUCAUCAAAAGCUGCCCAGGCUCCAUCUCCAUGGGGUGCCAGUGGAAAGAGCACAGGAACUCCAUCCCCCAUGUCUCCUAGCCCUUCUCCCGUCAGCUCUGUAGGAUCCCAGGGGAGCACCGGUGCCCCUUCCCCCUCUUCCACUAUCAGCAUUCCACAGCGUAUUCAUCAGAUGGCAGCCAAUCACGUCAGUGUCACCAACAGCAUCCUGCACAGCUAUGACUACUGGGAGAUGGCUGACAAUCUAGCCAAGGAAAAUAGAGAGUUUUUUAAUGAGUUGGAUGCAUUGAUGGGACCUGUCACCCUACACAGCAGUAUGGAGCAUUUAGUUCAGUACACUCAACAAGGACUUCACUGGGUACGGAAUAGUGCUCAGGCAAAAGACUGUGUGCCAUUCAAAUGAACUGCAUAAUCUCCCAUGGACGAUUCAGUUAUUCUGGACACUGUGCUACAGAAAUAAUCAACCAUAGCAUCCAAACAAAGGUGAAUAUUUCUUCAACGUUGAACAACAUUUUUCAGAGUGUAGACAUAUAUGUGUGUAUGUAUAAUAUGCAGCUAUGUCUCUCCAGAAUGCAUUGUUCCAUAGCAAUCUCCAAACAUUGUCAUACUCUAGACAGAACUGACCACAGAUGUCUUAAUACACACACACAUUUCUUAUACCUGUGCUUAGAAAAACUCAGAAACCAAAAUCUCAUGAGUUAAUUGAACCAAGUGCAAUAAACACAAUGGCUCCCAGUCAGGAAUGCACUUAAGUGUGUGUUUAACUUUAAGCAUGUGCUUAAAUGCAAUUGACUUCAGUAGAACUUAAACAUGCACUUAAGUGCUUUCCUGAAUUAGGGACAAUGAGAGUCUGACUGGCCGUUUGGAUGCUCCAUAGAACUUUCAGUGUUCUUAUUUCCCUCUUAUUUCCUGAUUGGGAUGUAUGGAUGAAUUGUGUAGACUGAAAAAAUAUGGAGCGAGAAAGCGUUAACUUUUGUGCAAUAAGUUUCAACAGCUUGCAUUCGUUUCUUUAUUUCUCGGCUUUUGAAAUUACCUGACCUCCUGUUCAGCCUCCUUGUCCACUAUAAUGAACAUUAUCGAGGAAACAGCCUGAAAAAUGGGUGUAUUGAUAACAAGAAACUAGAAGAGAUUCUGGAAAAUUGUGUACUGUCAUUACAGGCAAGAAGAUAACACAAAAAUACUGCAAACUGCAACCCAGCUAGCAAAGAAAGUCCAUUUAUUACAUGUGCAUAUACGUGCAUACACAUACACACAUAUCGAUGACAUUUGUUUGCUUUGUGCAGUGAGGCUUCAUGUUACUGGCUCUGGUUUUGAUAUCUUUUCCAUCUUAAAGUAGCUUACUUGCAGUUUCUUCUAGUCUGUAUCAUGCCAUUACAUGAAAUUCUCUUUAUCUUGGAAAGCUGGGUUUGCUGCUCACCAGACUAAGCACGGUUUCCUAUCAUAAUCCUCUCACUCGUCAUGCAUAAUCCUCCACUAGGCUUUAAUGUUUCUUGAUUUAUGGGGUGUUUUCAGCUCUUGUUGACAGGCUGUGUUUUUUGUGCCAAGGGAAUUAAUCCUAAAGUAAUUGCAAUUUAAUUUGGAUCAGCUGAGGCCAUGGCCAGUUCAUAACUAAUGUGUUGUGUGCAUUUAGUGGAUUUUUGUUCUUGGUUAAUUUCAUUUUCACUCCUCUGGAAACAUUUGAUUGUUUUCAUCUGAAAUGUAAUUUUAUUGGUUAUUUUGCACCCAGCCCUCUAGCCUUUACUCAUGCGAGUAGCUACAUUAACUUCAGUUGCAUUGCUCAAGUAAGAGUCAAUGAAUGGCCAUCUUCAUUGCUACCUUCUAGUCAGCUUUAUCUCAAUAUUAGUGUGAUGCUGGUGCAAAAAUAUCUGCCAGUAAAAGUUACAUAUGAACAUGUCUGAUGAGUUGCAUUAGAAACCACACAUCAAAUAAUUUAGCCAGAGGCAGAUUAAGGUUUCCUGGGGCCCUGGGCCAGAGCAAGUGGGGGGCCCCAUCUCACCCCUUCCAUCUGUGGUCCCACCCCCAUUCUGACCCCUCCAUAUGUGACCCCACCCCACCGCCCCACCCCUCUAUGACCCUUCCCUCCCUCCCCUGCCAUUCCACCCAGGGUCUCCCCAUUGCACUCCCCCACACUGUGGCCCCAAGACUUGAGACACUCUGGCCACAGCAGGGAGUGAGAGCUUCCCCAGCCCUGAGGCCAGAGCAGGUAGCGAGAGCUCCUCCAGUCCUGGGACCGCAGCAGGACUUCUCCUGCCACCCCCCGGCUUCUGCCGGGAAUGGGAUUAGGGGGCGCUGGGGGCUUCCCUGUGGCCAGCCGGCUUCUGCCAGGAUUGAGGGGCACUGGGGGCUUCCUUCGCCAGAGCACCUGCCCAACACUGCCACUAGGGAGUGGGGUCUGGGGUUGCAGGGGGUUUCCUCUGCUGCCGCGCCCAGCGCAGCUGCUGGGGAAUGGGGAUGCUUCCCUCACCCCUGCCCUGUCUGCCUGGCGCUGCUGCCUGGAAGUGGGGUUGGGGCGCGGGGGCGUUCCGCCACUGAAUUUAGUUUGUUACCACAUUAAAAGAUUUGCGGUAAGACAAUGGGUAUGUCUACACCGCCGCUGCAGGUGUCAUGUCCAGUUUGGGUAGAUGUGCACGCACUAGCUUCUAUCAACGUAGCAGUGUAGCUGCAGAAUGGGAGGCAGCAAUCCCAUCCGAGACCCUAGGUAAAUACUCUGGCGGCUAGCGCACACUGCCACGGCUACACUGCUCUUUUGGGUGUACGAGCUCCACCAAAGCUAGUGCAUGUACAUCUAUCUGAGCUGGAAAUUACCUCCUGCUGCAGUGCAGACAUACUCAAUGUCAUGUCAUCAGAUUCACUUUGUUGCACGUUGCAGAAAAAAUACGAAUCAUUCAGUUACAGUUGUUGGAAUGUAACUUGGUCAGUGCCUAGCUGAUUAUUACCUGCCUGAUGUCUGGUUGGGAAAGUAGGCCAGUGAUUUCCUAGAUGAGGAAGUGAUUUAAAUCCUUUUAAUACCGUGAGUAAUUUGGUUCUGUUAGGAUAGCAGUGUGGGAAUUUCUGUCAAACCAGACAAGUGGGAUGCCUGUUAAAUUUGCUUCUGCUUUCUUUGGUGGUUGCUUUAUCAUUUGUCUUCAGAUGUGGGGUUUGAGUUUGGGGUUUUUUUGGUAUUUCAGAAUUCUUAUCACUAUUUUAUGCCAGUUAAACUUAGAAGCAACAUAUAUUGCUUGCCUUACACAGAUUUUAACUUGGCAUUGGAGUUUCAAGUAAGGAACUUUGAAUCACAUCUCUUGUGCUGCGACUGGGGAUAGAUUUUAUUAAUUAUGAGCUCUUUUGGAACUUGUUUGGCUGCAAUGUGUAUAGCGAUUUCACAGAAAUUCAGGAAGAGUUAAUGUCCUCUUAUUGUAACAUGUUUCCUGACUACUAAGGUUUUCUUGUAGAUUUGUGCACUUUCUUUUAAGCUGUUUUUAUGCGGAAUCAUUCCAGCUAAAAUACCCAUCAAGUGCCACGGAAAUGGUACAUUGAUGGUAGGUUUUGUGCUGGAAUCACUUACAUUGAACUCGUGUAAACAGAAGAAACUCCAUUGAAGUCAAUAGAGCUGCGCCCAUUUAGCCCAACAGAGAACUGGGCCUCCUGUCCACAAUGCUCCUUACAGCUGGGCAUUUUGAUGAGGUUAGAGCAUGCAGUUCAACCACAGGCACGUUGCUUUUGUACAGGUUGCUUUUGGUCACGAUUGCUGCUCUUCAAACAACUACAGGUGGGUACGGCAUGAUAACCAAAGACACUUCGUCUCAUUCCUUUGGAGCCUGAUCCUGAAAAGGGCUGUGUGACCUCGGGCCCUGACCCAGCAAAGCUCCUAUAGAUUCAUAGAUAUUUAGGUCAGAAGGGACCAUUAUGAUCAUCUAGUCCGACUUCCUGCACAACAUAGGCCACAGAAUCUCACCCAUCCACUCCUGCGAAAAACCUCUCACCUAUGUCUGAGCUAUUGACGUCCUCAAAUCAUGGUUUAAAGACUUCAAGGAGCAGAGAAUCCUCCAGUAUGCACACUUAAGUCUAAGCAUCCCUUUAAGUAUAUAAGUAGUCCCAGGCAUUUCAGUGUCAGCUGAGGGUUCUCAGCACACUGCAGGAUCAGACCCUUAGAGACGGCCCUUACUUUGCUUGCCACUUGCAAAGGCACGUCUUGUUUGUUUUAAUUCAUUGUUUCAAGUCCCCUAAGAAUGAUAAAGGCUCCCGUCUCUUGCAUUAGAGAUUCCAUCUCAAUAUUUCAGAGGUGAAGAUGUCAACCUGUACAAAUCCAGCUCAAAAGCAAAAUUAUGCCUGGAGGGAGAGGUUUGGUAUAAAACAGAAACUUCUGAAUGUGACAGACAGCUAGUCUACCAGCUGACGAGUACAUGCAGGCAUGGGAAAUCAACUGGAAUAUUAUCAAAUAAAAUGUGUGCCACAGGUAGACCCAAAGGCAAUACAAUUUGGUUUUUUGCAUUAAAAAUGCCCUGAGAUACUCUGAGAUGUUCACAAACACCAAGUCAAUGAGAUAUUCAGACACACUUUGGCCUUGAUCCUGUAAGAUGUGCAGCAGGGAGUGCAAGGGUGAGUGGAGGAUAUGUAUAGGUUCAAGUAUGGUUGACCACUGAGCAAAGGCAUCUAUAUUGUAUGGCGGUAAAUCCCAAGCCCCUUCCACAGCCCUUUCUUUAUUCUAAAUCUCACAGGGUUUAACGGGAAGGGGUGUAGGCAGAUGUUGGGCAUGUGAGGAGACAUGGUACUCAGUGUAGGCCCAGAUCCUCCAAGGUAUUUAGGCACCUAACUCCCAUUUAUUUCAAUGGGAGUUAAGUGCCUAGUAUCUUGGAGGAUCUUGGCCAUAUCCCUCAGCAUGCAACACUGGUGCUUAGUUAUGUGCUCCUUGUCUGAGCUUUACUUCUGCUACUGGGAGUAACUUGGCAGCCUGGAAAGCAGUAUUCUCAUUAAUGCAGAAUCAGAUUCCCUGCUCUCCUGGUACAGCUCUUCACUUUUUACCUUUACUUCCACAUGCAGCAGUCUUCCCCUGCACUGGGAAGGAUCAAGCCCUCAGUGUACGUAUGCACACAUAUCUAUACACUCCAUAGCUAAACCAUGAAAAAGUUCAGUCAGCACAAAGGAUAUUACUAGUGCCUCCCAUUGAUCAUUGAGUACCUGUCACUGAAUGGUCAUAUCACCUCAGAAGAGCAGUAAUUGUUAUCAAGGUAAAGUGUGCAGCUAAUUAAUUUGUAAGACUCUCACCUUGGGAAUGGUGCAGUCGUAUAUCUUUCAUAAUGCCAAUUUUCACCCAUUUUUCACAGCUCUGAUACAAAUCUGCAUAACUAAAAUGUCAGGAUAUUUUUUUAAAAAGAAGACAUACACUUAGACCUGGCUAAUCUGUGCUUAAAGUCUCUGGAGUAGAUAAACUACUAGACACCAGCCUUAAUGCCUAUACAGUGUAUACUAUUGAGUGACUUAGUCGCAGUGUUUAAUCCAAAUGAAAUUGGAAUUUGCAAACUGACUUAGAUUAACUACAUCUGCCACGGCUAGGUUGCAGAUGUGACAUUAAAUGAUUAUGGUUUUAAACAAAAAAGGUUGAAUUUUAUGUAAAGAAUAGUGACUGAAUUCCUUAAUCUUUUUAAAAGAUUUUUAAAAGAACAUCUUGUCAAAAUUAUGUGUUUUUUAACUUUCCUAAAAUUUCUGGAGGGUCGCUGGUUCUCGGUCAAAGCUGUAUUAACGACAUUUCCCUUCUACAGUAUGUCCGGUCUUUGCAUAAUCCGCUUAAUACGUCAAAAAGAAACGUUUCUUUUUUAUAAUGAUUGCAGCACUCCCCUCUCCCAGUUCAGUGGAAAACCCUCAGACUAAAGAAUAAAAUCUCCUUGCACGUUGCUGGCACCAUACACUUAACAAUGACUGAAUGAAUUUGUUACAAUGAUGAUAGAAGUAUGGCUGGCACAGAUCUAAAAUGUCUUUCCUUUUGAUAACUUUUUGUAAUGAUUUACACCAUGUACUCAAACUGAUUCCUUAUUCAGAUGGAGAGAAUUACCUGACUUGCGUCCUAUAAAUAUGUUCCAGCUCAGAGCACGAUCAGAAUCAUUAUUAUUAUUAUUACACGACUUGGUACACUGGUUAUGUGCUAAAGAGUGGGAACAUGCAUAGCAAUGGGUGAGCCCCAUCUGAAUCCAUUCAGAAAAGCAUCUGGAUGUUUAUUUGAAGCUGAUCUAAACAUAUGAACCUCUUUGCUUUGGUCAGAAAAGCUAUCUGGAAAGCUGGUGAGAACACAAGAUUCUCAGAGUAAAAUCCUGGCUUCACUGAGUACAGCUACACAGCAAAAAAAAAAAAAAAAAAAACCCCCACAGCUGCGAGUCUCAGAGUCUGGGUCAACUGACUCAGGCUCACGGGGCUCAUGUUAUGGGGCAGUGUAGACAUUUUGGCUCAGUCUGGAGCCUGGGCUCUGGGUCCCUCUCCCCGUACCGGGUGGGGGAGGAGCGCUGCUGUGUAGACGUACCCAGUGAAGUCUAGGGCAAAACUUCAAUUUCUUUCAAAAGAGCCAGGAUUUCACACUUGAUAUUUUUUAGUUACCUUGUAAUAAACUGUUUUCAAGAUCAUUUAAAGUUCUUGGGAAAGUCACUUAGAUCCCUAUUUCCCCAGACACCGGGAUAAUCCACCUGAGAUCUGAAACUCCCCACUGUUUCGACACAGUAUUCUCUCAAGAAAGCAUUAUUCAUCCGCCAGGAAGGAGUCAGGUAUCUCCCCACCCCCUUCACCUGGGGAUAUCAAAUGUCUCCCAAAUCACCCCCUUGCCUCCACUCUGCCAUCUGACCCAAGCAGCUGCUUCUAACCCCUGGAUGAUCCCAUGUUUCCAGGGACUUUCCCUACUGCGACUGACCCAAAACCCAUCCCUAAAGGGGGGGUCCACAGCCCAGAGGGGAAAGCAAUGCAAGUAACCAUGGAUUUCAUUAACUUACACAGCUUUUCCCCACAGGGCUAGCUUUUCCCCACAGGGCAUUUCCUCCAAGGGCACAAGCUCCUUUCUGGGCAGGAACACAGACGGGGGCAAAGUGCUGCCCUUUCCCUAUGUGUAAAAUGGGGGUGCUAAUAAUUUAUUCAUGUUUUGUAAAGCACUUUGCAAUCCUCAGCUGGAAGGUGCUAUAGAAGUGCUAAAAAUCAUUGUAAAAUGUUAAGUCAUAUGAGUGAAUUUCACUCCUGGGCAGGGGGCCAAUCCAAGGCCUUUGCAUCACUUAAACCCCAAAAUAGGAAUCCUUAAAGCUCUUAAAAUAGGGCUGCAGUGGUGCAUAGGCCUUGUGUGGGGCCUUUGCAUGGGGUGAAUUACACCCUAUAUAAAAAUGCCGAGUAUUAUUAGUAUUACUUGCUAGUUUCAUUUGGAUCAGAAAUAGCAUGAAGACAGUCAUUCUUGAAGUAUUUAUGUUUUGAUCUUAGUAGAAACCAGGCCAUACCAACUCACACACAAAUGUAAAUAGGACAAAAAAAGGUUAACCAAACUAUCUGUUCCUCCAAAGAGUUCAAAUGGACUUUGAAUUUCUCUGUGCCAGUUUGUCCUUCCCUGAAAGAAAUAUUUUUUUCAGAACUUAUUGUCUUUAACCAACAGCAUCAUAAAUGUUCAAAUUAUUUGUUUUCCCCAAUCCCCAGAUUCAUAGCCUAAAUGUUGUCUUUCACAGUGGCGCAUUGCAGAAUGGACUAAUCUCUUUAUUUGGCAUAAGAAAAAUUAUGUAACUCUCACAAAAUAUUUCCAUCUGUCCAUGAGUCAUCUGUAGUUAAUUGGCAUGGCAAGUCAAUUAGGGAGACAUUUUCAGCAUAAUGCACAGGGAGUUAGACUCCCAACUCCCAUUAACAUUAAUAGGAAUCCCAGGGUUAAAUGCCCAGGCUCCACGUUACCAAUUUCCCUCUAAAGGUCAAUAGCAAAACACUUUGAUUCUGAGGAAUGACUACCAGUCAGAUCAGCAAUGGACUCACUAUUACUGCUCAAACCUCAGUAAGCAGGGGAGGUUAUAAACUGAUUUGUCUCUAUAGCUCUGCAUAUUAUUUGGGUCACACUAAAUAAUCCCACCAGAUUAGUCUUUCUUUUCUUAGCAACAUCAGUUUUCAUAGCUUCCCCUAAGGUGACUCCGUUCUACCUGCAACUCUGGUCUCAUUACCCCCAGAGACCUUUGAAAGAAAACCUUUCACACAGGAGGAAGUUAGCAAGAGGUUCAAUUUACCCAAAUAAAUAUAAUUUGGCUAGUAAUUUUCUACUCUUUUCUCUUCUCUGUUAUUGAAAGUAUUUGUGUUUUUAAUAAGGACUUUUCUCCCAUUGCCUAGAUUCUUAGACCUGCCUAUAUCCUGUUACAAAACAAGUAGAUUUUCAAUCUGCACAAAGCGCUGGCUGAUGACACGGGGGCUUCCAGCUCCUCCCUAAAAACAUACCCCAAUGAGUUAAUUCAUUCUAUUGACCUCCCCCUGGCCGCCCAUGAAUUCAUUUUGCCUCCCCUCAGCCCCACAUCUUCCCUCCUCCCAGGGCACCUCCUUCACUCUGGAGGUUUUCUUUACACUUCCCAGGCAUGGGGCUACAGGGAUAAGGAGAAGAAAAGGGGAGGAGCCAACAUAUUAUCCAGCAGAAGAGAAGGGGGAGGAGGGAGCAGAGCCCCUCUGAGCUGCUGGACUCUUUCUCUUCCCUCCUCCUUCUCAGCCCCAUUGUAUCACCUUUUCCCUCCAGCCCUAACAAAAAACUUCUGUCUCCUAAGGGGAAAGGGAGAGGUCCGCUUGCCACAUGCAGCAGCUCUGAUUGGCUGCCCCGUUCCAGGAGGCAGGAUGGGAAAUGUUGAAGGAAGAGUUCCCUGCAGUGCUGUAGAAGGGACUGAAAAGUCUCAGAAUUGGCAAGUCUGGAUACUCCAUGUGACACUCCAGGCACUGUAGGCAGGAAGAUUGUGGUGAUACCUCCUAGGCCUAACACACAUGCAUUGGCUUACAUUGUGUCAUGAUUUUUUUCUUGAUGGGCAUUGCUGUUUUAUGAAUUUGCACAAAGAUCACUGGGAUUUGCCAGUAUCAUGUCUGUGCAGGGACUUAUUAUUUUAGGUCUUAGAUGUCACACAUUUAGCAUCAUGAAUUUUCAGCAGGAUCAAAUAGAAAGAAAGAGAGGAAUGGGAGUCCUAGUUUAAAUACAAAGGGACUGAUUCUGUAUCUGCUGUGAUUGAGGAACUGCCAUAGACGUCAAUACAUGUCCUAUGUGGCAGAAUGAGAUUCAGCUAACUUUGCGAACUUUGGGAACUAGCAACAAUGUUAAGAAAAAUUGCAGAAAAACAUAUAAAAAGUACAUUUUUGCUUGAUGAGCUCAAGGGUGCUCUCAAAUGUAUUUGACCAGCAGUUCUCAAACUUCAUUGCACCACGACCCCCUUCUGACAACAAAAAUUACUGCAUGACCCUAGGAGGGGCGACUGAAGCCUGAGCCUGCCCAAGUCCCGGUGCCCUAGGCUGGGGGAGCCAAAGCUGAAGCCCAAGGGCAUCAGCCGUAAGUGGGGAGCCUAUAACCUGAGCCCGGCUGCUGGGCGGUGGGGUUCAGGCUUAGGCUUUGGCCCUGGCAAAUCUAACACCAGCCCUGGUGACCCCAUUAAAAUGGGGUCACGACCCAGUUUGGGAUCCCAACCCACAGUUUGAGAACUGCUGUAUUAGACAUAGGUUAGCUUUGGUAUAAGUGGGCACAAAUCCAAUAAGAUCAGUCGUUACACCAGGGCUGAAUGGGAGCUUUGAUGCCAUUAAGGUUACUAUGUUUUGCAGUGUAGCAAUGUAGGGUCUAGUGCACUAAUCCUUCAUACAAGUACAAUGUAUAAACAGAAGAAGAAGCUUUUGUGUGGGCUGUGAAAGAGAUUAAGUUGGCUAUUUUAAUCACAGGCCUGUAUUAUGUGAAUGCUUGUACAGUAUAACUGAGAGGGUACAUUGCAUCAUUUUAUGGAAAUUGAGAGGCAUGUCGUUGAUUCAUCAUAUGACACAUGAGCACAAACCCAGAUAGACAAAACUGUGAGUUCAUUUGUGCUGAACAGCUGAGCAUUAAUAGCGGGCUGUUCACUACCCCUAGACCACAUGUUGCACUCCAGUUCAAGUCAGUGGAAGUUUUGUACAGCUCAAGGAUUGAAUAUGGCCUUCUGAUUUUAAUAUUUGUGAAUUGAUCUUUUUUAUGCAGUUCCAUUAGCAAAUACUGGCCACACUAGAUUCGUUUAUAACCAUUGUUGGAAAGUAUGGCUGUUAAAAACAUGCCAACGUCACUUACAUCAGUUUCCUUCUUUUUUCUGUAUUUAUUAUUAUUAUUAAUUAACAUCUGUAUUGCAGUCGUGCCUAGGGGCUUCAGCCACAUCAGGGUCCCUUUGCAUUAGGCAGUGACAAAGACAGAGUAAAUGACAGUCCCUACCCCCAAAGAGCCUCCAUUCUGAAAAAUAAGACAUAACAACAGGUGUAUGAGACAAACAAGCAAAUGGGAGGGAGGGAGGGAGGACAGGAUAACAAAAACAACAGGAUGCUUUACCACAGACUGGCUGUAUGUGCAAUUUUUAACAAAUCUGUAGCAAUAAUCACAGUAGCAGUAACUUUCCUGUCUGAUCGUUAUGUUAACUAAUGUUCAUCAUGGAACAAAUCUGUAACCGAUAGUGGCUGUCUGACCUAGUUGUACAGACUCCUGUUUUAUGACUAGAAUUAUUUUUGUACCCAGAUUCAGAGAGCGUAACUCCAGAUCUCAUUUAUGCCAACUGUCAGCAAAUUCCUGUAAAUCAUAAUAUUAUUAGACUCAAUAUCAGUUUAGCUCUACUCCUAUCUGAUGAACAGCCAAAGCAAUAGUGCAGCAACUUUCGAAUGGGCAUUCUGGAUUUAGCAUUUUUUUAGUACCUACACGACAUAAGUACAAUCCCUCUACAUGUCCCCGUAUAACAGGUAAUAUUGUUUACACAGCUGAACAAUUUAGUAAAUGGGAAUAUUCUGUACAGUAAUUUAUGCUGUAAAAUAUGUACAUAUAGCCUUGUAGCAUUCAUGAAUGGUUGGAAGUGCUUUAUUUAUUAGAUCAGGUGGCAUUUUUCCCUCAUUCUAGAAGACUUAACAUUAUUUUUUUUUUCUGAUAGAUUAAUUUUUGGCUAUUUGCUACUACAUUUUGACCCAGUUAUGGAAAAAUUAUUAUUUACGGUAAAUAGCUAUUUUUUUAAAUUUAAGUAGGAAUAGUAAAUUCACUGUCCAUCCAAAUAAUAUAUAGCUGAUUAUGACUAAAAGUAAAAAUCAUAUACUCGUAUCUGUGUAUUAUAGUAUAUGCUAGAAAUCAUAUGCCAUAUGUGAUUAAUACAAACAGCAAGAGCUUUCAUCUGCUCCAUUCUUCCUCUUUGAGACCAAAAACAAUAAACCAUUUAAUCUCAAGUGAUUCUCAAGAGAGCCCUAUUUUCAUUCCUUCCUCAGGCAAAGCUCUCAUUAGUUUCAGUGGGAGUUUUGCCUAGUAAACAUGCAACGUAGGGACCUCAAAAGAAUAAAUGUCUUGCUUCUGAACAUUGCUUGUGUGUGGUAGUCAUCCAAAUUUUUUUUGAAAGAAAUAUAAAGUGAAUACUACGUCCGUACUAUCCUGUAUCUCUCUUUUUCCUUGCUGUAAAAGGGAGGCACGGGGGAAGAAUUAAAUUAAUAAACAACUGUAUUUGUUCCAUUUCAGUGAGCAAAAUAGGAAACUCAAAGUGCAUCAGUUCCAUUUCAGGUUAAAAAUAAAACAAAGUUUUUUGGGAUUUCAGUUGCUUUCGACUCUGUUAUACAGUUAAACAAGUUCACAUGUACAAAAAUCAUGAAAUCAUUGACAGGUUGUUUUACUGUUUGGAGAUUUUGCUGUUUCUACAGUUCAUACAAAACUCACGUAGCACAGUUUCUGGAAUGGUGAAGAAUCCUACUGUAAUGUAACAGAAUGAGCCUUAAGGAUUUGUAAGAAUAAGCACUUUUAUAUUAAAAAGUAAAUAUUAAUUCAUCAGUAAGAUUACUUUUUUAAUGUGACAAUAAAUCAUGAAAUCGA